GAAAAACUUAUCCGGUACAACUGUGUUCGAUGUUUGCUCUUGGGCUCAAACUCGCGGACAUCGGCUCAGGAGACAACAGACAUGCCAACUGAGCUAUAUCACAAGCCCGGGGGUGGGUUCACGGUAUAAUUAUCUAAUUCCUCAAAUUCACUCAACUUUUAAACUUUCCAAAAUUUCGUUCUAAACUUAUACUUUUGGAGCCAAAUGAUAAAAAAUGACCUAAUUUUUUUUGAAUCAUGUAAUCGUAAUGAAUAAAUAAAACUAAACGUGUUGGGCAGAAAGAAGUUCCCUCAAUCCCGAAGAAAGCUAACUGACGUAGUCAACAAAUUUUUCCUGAAUGAUAACACUUUAAAAUUCUAUUCCCAUCGCGAGAUCUACUGCGAUAUCAAAAGGAUCUACUGCGAUCUACUGCGAUUCCCUUCGGAAGGUUGGUUCAACAACAAUCAACAACUGUGCCAGCCAGAACAGAGUCAAAUUUUGGUUGCACCAUUUCAUGAUCCAUCAGCAGGAGCCGUUUUUCCGUAGCUUAAGCUAAUGUAGUCGGUAGGUUGGUAAUGUUCUCACAUCAUCGUUAUUUUUGGUUCAGCAGACACCUUUUCUUUUUUUUCCUCUACCAAAUAACAACACCACCUUCCUCAAUGACUGCUGCUGGCUGUUGGCCAUAUCUUGGCAAGUGAUCGCUGCAUGCAGCAGGGAGUUAUAUGAAUCAUUUCGCGACUCGUGAAAUGGGGGACUUGUUUUUGUUCCUGCACGCCCACUUGAGCAUGGUUUUGACUGCGAAGAUAUAACAACACUACCUACAACAAAGAUAUGGCGAGUUUCGAAAAUUUAAAAUUAGAUUAGAUUAUAAAAUUAUAAAAUUAUUGAGCAGAAAUAGCUAAAUUUUUAAUUAUGCCAUCUAGGAUCCAAAAUCAGUGUUCAGAUACAAAAACUAAAAUAACAAUUUUAAUUCAACACUAAAUUUGAAAUCAGAUUUUGUAUAUUGGCAUUUACUCACUUCAGAACACAGAAUAUGGAAAUUACAAUAAGGUGUAAGAAAUUGCAAGCUUGAAUUCACAUUGACGAUUCGGGAUCAAAACUUUUCCGUAUCAAAGUGAAAAUUGAAACAUUAAGAAAUCAGGAAUACGAAUAAUAAUCCAGGAUGAGAUUCUUGACUAAAACCAAAACAUCUCUCUUGUUUCCCAACCGAUUUUAACAAAAUUUAUAGUUUUGUCAACCUCGUACGGUAGAUCAAAUAUGUUUUUCAGACAUUAUUCACAUACAGCACUUCAGUUUUCCGUUAUUCAAAGUCUAAAGAAAAAAAUCGAAAAAAAUGCUCAGAAAAAAGGCUGUAGAUCAGCUACGGAAUGCUCAAAAAAAUUCACUUAGUGAAAACUGAAUUAAGAAGCGUUACUUUGCACAUAAGUAUAAUAUAAAAAAAGGAUUCAAUUGGAUGACCCACAUCCUCGGAGACCACGAAUAAAUUUGAUUUGGUAGAAAAAUGUAAUAGCUGUUUUAAUUUUGUUUACUUUUCCAACUACGCAAAAAUAAAAUCUUUAAAACAAAUUGUAUCUUGGAUAUUAUCAAAGCAUCGGUCAAAUCGUUUUGCAGUCUUCAACAAUGUUGUUAAAUGAGUUAAAAUCUAUAAUAUUAAAUCUGUACUACUGAAACUGGAAUAUCUAUGAAUCCCUUAUUAAAAGGAGGAUAAUAAAAAGAUUCAAGAACAAGUUUUUUUUUUAUUUAGGUUCGUUAGUUCAUCAGUAUGAAUGAUUGAUUUUAUUCACACACUGAUAAUCCAGACCAUCACUGAAUAUUGAAUGAAUGAAUGAAUAUUGAAUUUUAUGCUAUUCUAUGCUAUGCUAUGCUAUGCUUUGCUAUACCCAGUGUCCACCAAGAGCGAAUCAAAAUAUUGAGUUUUCCAUAAAUCCAAAGUUAAUAAUAACGAUGCUAAAUUAUUUAUGCAGUAAGAUCUCACUUCAUUAGAAUGGUCCAAUUCAGUGCAAUUAGCUCGUGUUUAAUUUUGGACGUUCUGAACUUUCUGAAGGUGAAUAGGUGUUUUUCGGCUAACGAAAAUGGAAAUACCAUUUUCGUAGGUGAUGGGAAGAAUUAGAGAAACAUGAGGUAUCAAAUAACGAAAGAACAUAAGCCGUAAAUAUCUUAAAUUUUUUCGAAAAAUAAACAACGGCUCACCGGCUACAAAUACCAUGCCAAAAAGCAAUUCAACAUUCUGCAAAAUAUGAUUGAUAAAAAAUUCUAACAGAAACAAAGUGUUCAUGAAUAAAAUGAAUGUGCAUCUGAUCAGAAUCUAACCUUAUCGCCCGAUCGAUAGCGCCAUUAUCGGAAUGAAUAUUUCUUCGUAAGUGCCAUUUCGACGCUGUGAUUGACGACAGUUAAUGGCGACCGUUAAAAAUUGGUUUAAAAAAUCUCUGAAAAAAAGAUUGAAAUUCAACUAUUAUUUUUAAUUUAUGUUUUUUUUUUAAAUUAAAUUUGACGCAUGUUCUGACAAAAUUGUGAUUUUUUAAGCUUAUUGAAAAAAAAACUGAAAAAAUCGCCUGUUUUCCAGCGAGAUUGGAACCCCCAUCUGUCCUACAAAUCUAGAAAGGAGAGGGGACGGUUUACCGAAUAUUCACACUUCUUUAUCGUGGUAUCGAAUCGUGGAAAAUCAUAGAAUAGAAAAACAAUUGAGUCGUUUUCAUCUCCUGCAUUUUGAUCUGUAAUGAACUUUCAAUAAAAAUUUUUUUGUGAUCGUUAAAUCAAUAAAGCACGAUUACAAUUGCAUAAAAAAUUGAUAAAUUUUCGAUCUACUGAAAUCGAAACUCCCGGCCUCAGCUCCCGGUCUCUUUUAUUUUAUUCAACACAAAUCACCUGUAAGUUAGUAUUUCGCUCUAUGCGCCAGUUAGCUCUGUGACAUGGCAUAACAUAGCAUUUUCUCACCAAUUCCUAGGGAAAACCCCGAAUUUUCUCCCCCAAAAAGUACCGAAAUUUUCUCUCUUACUGAUGGCGGCGGAGAGUUUUCAAGAGUCUGACCAAGCCAGACCACAUCUGAGUCCAUAGAUCGAGAUUCGGCACUCUGCGAUUUAGUUUUCAAGCAUCCGUUGACCAGAUUGGUUCCUGCUAGAAACCGGGACCGCAAAAUCGAACCGCCCCGCGUCACAUCGGGUUAACCGCGUAGAACCGAGAAGAAGUAGUAAGAAGACGACAACGGGGGUGGCUGAACUGUGGGCCGGAUUUUUUUUUGAAAAUUUCUUCUUUUGAGUGAUCGCGUGAAGACGGGUGUGUGGACGGGAAAAGAUCAUAUCAGGUGACAGGUGUGCUCCCGGCUGCUGGCUGCUGCUAGUAAGAGACCCGGUCUUUCGAUUUUCGAGUCUGCCAGUGACGGUAUCUGGCUGAAAGUCGACUUCGACGUCGGUUCGGUCGGUUGUUCUAUUUUCGUUAAAAUUCCCGCGCCGCGUGUGCCCGUCUCCGCGUUUUGCGAAGAGUUCGGCGCAAAAUCUCGGGCCGGUGUUGGGGAUUUUUUUUUUUGUUAUUUUUUCUGCUCUUGUGUGCCAUUUUUUACUGCUGCCGUCAAGUGUACGAGAACGCAGGGAAAAUUAUUGAAAUUAUUUUCACUUUCCGAAACCCCUCGGAAAAAGUUCGACGUUUUGGAUUUUCUAAGGUUAUUCGUUUUUGGGGUCGUAAUCGAGCUUUGACCUGAAGAAUUCUAUUCGAUAAUUAGACCUUAGGAUGUUUGCGUGUUGGAAGAAUUCUUGUGGGUUCAAAAGGCUUUCAAUUUUCGGAAGCGUAGGUGUAGAUCAGUGAAUCUGUGCCGUUGCUUUUCGGGUAUUUUUUUGUCUGUUUCGGGGUAAAUUAUGAAGUUUUUUCGGUGCGGAUGUGUGUCUCGUUCAAAAGGUGGUGACCGAUUUUUGCAGGAAGAGAUUUCUUGUUGAGAUUUUGUAUUCCGAGGAUCACGCGUUUGCCAUCAGUAAGGGCAAUUUUCAGCAAAGAAAAAAAAAACCGCCUCGACGGGAUAAAAAGCAAAAGGAUGAUUUUUCAAUCGUCGCUACGUGAUUGAAGUGCGGUGUACACGAGCUACCUUCAGCGAAAAAGAUAAAAUAAAAAGUCUUCUUGAAAAUUAUUGUCAAGUGUCACAGUGUCUCUCGAAAAGAAUAAAGAAAUAUAAAAUUGAAUAAAGCAAGUGAUUUAAGUUCGUCUAGGUCACAUGAUUCGGCAGCUCUACGAAGAUUGAAAAGUGGAAAACGUGUAGCUCAAGCCCAUAAUAUUGCGUUAUGAUUCGUGUUUGAAGUGUGUUGAAAGAUUAGAAAACAUGCCGCUCUACUCGGAGAUGUACCACAACUACAUCGGAAAUACUCCGGUCAUUCCGGCGCCGAUUGUGGCGUCUUCAAGCGUCUACACGCCGCCGAGCUAUGUUGGGGUGUCCCGGGGAUAUCCGAACCCGAUCACAGCUACUCGGACCCCGUCCUUCUCCCGAGGCUACAUCCCGAAGCUAACACCCAUUACGGAGACGCCUCGAGUGGCUGCCCUAACCCGAGUUAGUUCUCCAAAGUUCAUCCCAAUCCAUAUUCCACCGACCUAUCAGAAGCCUCGACGUGUCAUCAACACCGCUGACAUAGACGUAUCGGCGUCGCGAUAUGCCAUCCGCGAUCUUACGCCCAAACGCGAUCACUUCUCACCGAAGGCGUCCGUUUCUCCAGAACCACCGGCGCCACCACCCGUAAAUCUGACCUCUCCGACGUCCACAACGAUCAGCGCUCGAGAGCAGGAACUCAUGGAAAGGGUCGAGGAACGCAAGGCCCGAUCCACGAUCAACCGUAAUCGAGCUGUCGUACGACUCAACACCAUCCGAGCUCGCAGCAAAUCACGCGGAUCUCGGGGCAGCAUCGAACGCAAGUAUUCCCGCGAAGAAGAACCGGAAACCUCCUUCGAGGAAGACAUGCUGUACUACGACCCCAGCGUUAACAACGUCAAGACAACCUCUUGGAGAGAUAGGCUAAGAGACGAACUCUCCCUAAGACCCAAGAAAUCCGAGGUCGCGAAAAGUCCCGGGGAGCUGUUGCUGGAAAAACAUCUCAUCCAGCACGAUGAAACCCCCUUGAUCAUCGAAAACCUUGCUCCGGAAUCGCCACCCAUGAAGAGACGCGGAACAGUUCGACGAAAAAGUGCCGCCAAGAUGCCAAGCUUUCACGAAAUCUGUGCGGACAUCAACUCCGACAAGCUGGACGAUGGCUUGAACGCGGGCGAGCUUCGCCGUCGAGCGUCCCAAAUUAUUGAAGACGAGAUCGCCCAAAUCCAGGAACAACUUCAGCAAUCCAACGGCAUUCUUCAAGAGGGCCUGGAAGAACGCUUCAAGGAAGCCUUGGAACAACACCUCUCUAGCAGUUCCGAGAUUCCGGAGAAAAAGAAACUCAAGAAAGUCAAGCGAACCCGCACGAAGGUGCUACCAAAGAUCGACGCCGACGAUAACGUCAUCUACGACAAGGUUGAAACCACCGUGACCCCUUUAAAAAUUACAGCCGACGACCCAACAAUCCAAUCGACGGUAACACCGAAGCUACUCGCCGAAGUCGAAUCCAUUGAGGAGUGCACCGUCCUAAAGUUACCCAAGAAAAAGGUGAAACCAGUCGAGGAGACUGCUGCUGUUAACGUCGUUGAAGUUAAACCAACGACGAAGACUGACGGCAACAAAAAGGAAACGACUCCGGUAGCAAAAAUUGAGCUACCGAAGCCGGUGGAAGCGAAGAAGCCGGAACCACCGGAGAAGAAACCUAAUGGGGAACUUGCCGAACGGAAGAAGACGCAGGAUAUGUUGAAGAGGAUUGAGGCGUUAACCAAGCUGAGCGAGCAGAAGUUGUCCUCGGCUUUGGGUGAAUCGCGAGGUGGAUCUGUUCCAUUGGAUGCUAUUAGUGAAACGACAACAACGAUUGAAGCUUCAAAGAUUUCCGAGGCAAAUACGGAGUCGCUCGAGAAGAAAAAACCAGUGGGUAUACUGAGGAAAACCGAGUCGUUGGACAAAGUAGGUGAUCAGAAAAAACCGGUUGGAAUACUGAAGAAAACAGAGUCGCUGGACACAGUAGGCGAGUUGUCGAAGAUCGAACCAGCAGUGGUGAAGAAACCUGAACAAUCUGUUAAAAAACCUUCGACUGAAUCGAAGGUCGAACCAAAGGUCGAAUCGUUGAAACAAACUGCACAAACGAAGGAUGACACCGCAAGCAGUAAGACCGUACCAAUAACGGUAAAGAAACCGGAACAAUCGGAAACGAAACCCAACGAGGAGCUAACCGAACGGAAGAAAACACAGGACAUGCUCAAGAAGAUUGAAGCACUCAGCAAGCUAACCGAGGUGAAGCUUGCUUCGGAAUCAAUUGAACCACAAACAGCCACAAAACAACUGAAACCGUACGGGAAAACUAACUCCAAGUCGCUACUGCUUAACAAAACAGCACCAGAUGCUGAGGCUGCAACCACUCAAAAGGUGGUCGAACUGAAGAAAACCACUUCGGAUGUGACCUCGAAAAUUGUUGAAUCAAAACAGAAGAAACCGUUGGCAGAAGACACAACGAAGCUUAACAAAACGGAACUGGCAGAUUCCAAGGCUAAACCAAUCGAACUUUCGGAAAACAAACAAAAAACGGAAUCUGACACACCGAUCGCCUCAAAGUCUUUAACAGUUGCUCCAAAAACCGAGGAAACUAAAGAGAAGAAGCCCGUGACUGAUGUCACCAAGCCUGCCGCCGAAUCGAAAACAGUUGACAGCACAAUUCCGUCGUCGAAAGCAAAGCCUGCUUCGCUGAGCAGCAGCGCGGUGUCUUUGGAAGAAAAGCAAGCUCAGCUGCUAAAAGAUCAACUGGAACAGAAACCGGUGCCCAAAAACACAGAAACAAAGCCUUUAGGUCAGAAAUCUGAUAUUUUGGCCGCGAAGUUGACAAGCAACUCGAAACCAGUUACAGCAACCGACUUGGAAGAUGCGCUCAAGCCUUUGGGGGGUAAAAAGAAACCACCAACGACUUUGGAGUUACCGGUUGAAGGUAGAAAGGUUGAAGGAAAGGAAUCAUUGUCGGAACCUACAACGCCAAUGAAAAAGACUGAAACAACCGAUAAGAAACUUGAAUCAAAGGUGUUGGAGUCCAAGCUUGCAGAAGCACCUAAAACGCCAGAUUCACCUAAAAAGAUAGCUGAGAAAAUUGCGAAAACUCCGACAGAACCAACAAAACUGGAAUCACCUAAAACACCAGAUUCACCUAAAAAGGUAUUAGAGAAAAUUGUCAACACACCAACUGAAGCAUCAAAACCAAAUCUACCGGAAGCGACUUUGAGGAAACCGGAAGUUUCUGCAAUCAAGAAGCUUCCCGAAGCGGUAGAAGAAAAGCCGAAAGCUCAAACUGUCGAAGAAGCGUCGAAAGCGAAACCAGUCAGCUCACCUACAGCAAAGAAGUUUGGUGAGUCAAUAACUGACCAAAAGGCAAAAGACAACAUCACAAACGAACCAAGCAAACUGCUAAACAAAUCAAUUGUCGAAGAAGUUUCAAAUACAGCUGCGAAACCGAAGCCAGAAUCACCAAUCCUCAAGAAAACGACGAAAUUGGAUCAACCAAAACUAACUACCACAGUACAGAAACCCUUACUGCGCAAAAAGGUCGCAGUUCAAGACCACGAAGAUUUCUGGGGCAACAUCGGAACGCGGGAAACUGUCCACUUCAACCGGCGGAAGCAGGAAAUCGCCCGUCGAAACGAAAUGGUUCUGCUGAAGUUUGGCAUUUGGGAUGAAGAGGGAGAACCUUCCAAUGAGCCGACUGGUGGAGUUGGAAACACUUCACCAACCGGGAUCAAAGCCAAAGGAAUCAAUACCAAGCUGAUGAUUUCACCACCGGCGGAAGGAAAACGAAACAUGCCCCAGUGGCCGAAACCGGUGGAAGAGCCGGAGGAUGAGUUGGGAUUCGCGAAGAAGGUUCCCGAUGCGUUGAAGAAGAAAGAAGCGGAAAUAUUGGUGGAACUUCCCGGCCAGGGGAAGAAGACAUUCGAGGUAUCGACUGUUAAAGCGGUGGAAAGUGUGGAUAAGAAAUUACCGUCGAAGGUAGACGAUGCUACUAGCAAAACGGCUCCGUUGAAGCCUGCAGAAAUGUUGAUGAAACAGCAACCGACAGCAGUUGACGCAGUUUCGAAAGUAAACGAGAAAAUAGAGCCAAAGACAAAACCGCUCGCUAGUGUAGGUACUAUGGAGGAAAGACAAAAGACAGUGUUGUCAAAGGCAAACGAAGAAUCAAAGGAGACGGUCAAGAAACCUGCGGAGACUACUAAGUUGGAAACGAAGAAACCUGAACAGAUGGUAGCUCAGACACAAAAAACGAUCGGUGUUGAGAAACCACAAGAGCUUACCAAACCCAAAACAACCGAUUCAAAGACGGAAAUGGUUGAAAAGAGUUCUGGCAGUCCUCAAGGUCUACGAAAAGCGGUGGUGGAACCAACUAAAGAUAAAAUUUUACCCACUUCACCAACGUUGAACGAAAAAACGAAGGAGUCGGCUCCUAAAGAGGCAAUUUCAGAGGCAAAAAAGACAGAAACCAAUGCAGGUCUUAAGAACACUAAUCAGGAACAACUAGCUGUCAAGCAAGCUCUAGAGAACAAAACAAAAGCAGUUGAUCCACCCAAAGUUGCCACGAAAGAAACUUCUCUAGACACUAAACCCGUACUGAAGAAAAUAACUUCGAUGGAUACACCAGACACUAAGAAAGUCGCAACGAAAGAUCUUCCUAAAAAAGAGGAAACUUCUGCAACGCAAAUUACAAAAAUUGCUCCCGAAGCUGUGAAGAAAAUUGAACCAGCAAAACCGGCAGCUGAUUCCAAGAAAGCUGAAACAACUCCGUCCAAGAGUCCAUCGGAAGACUCCAAACAACCGAACGCCAACCUUCUCGCACCGAUCAAGAAACCAAUCACCCAGAAGCUGUCCCCGAAAGAACUGGUCAAAGCAGCGGCUCCAAACAUGGCGGCCGAAGCUGAAAAGAAGCUAGCCGCCCAACAGCAGCAGAAACAGGUAGCCGAGACGGCAAAACAAAAACCGACGCAACCACAGCCCGGAACCGGAAAACCGCAGCAACCGGUUAUUGAACCCAAACAACCAAUCAAACAAACGACUACUUCGACGACGCCAACAACAACAACAACACCAACGGUGAACGACCCGACGAAAUCAGCGACUAAUCCAAUCGGAGGAGCAGGCGGUGACGAGAAGAAACCAACGAAGGUGGUGGUGAAGAAGGUAAUCAAAGUUGUCAAACCAAAGCCAACGGCGGCUGAACUGGCGGCUGCUGCUGCAGCUGCAGCCGCCGAAGAAGCUGAACGGCAACGAAAGGCGCAGGAAAACGUUGAAAAAAUGAAAGCCAAAGUGAAUCAAAUUACGCUGAAUAUGGGCGCGAAGCUCGAGGUGGAAAUCAAGGAAUGUGCAAAGUGUCAACAAGCAUCAUCGGUGGACGAUGGGACAACGAAGAAGCUUCUUCCUGCAAACGGUGGAAAACAACCGCCGAAAAAGGCUCUCGUGGCGGCCGCGGCUGAUAAGCCGUCGUCCACGUCCGAAGGCAUCGGGGGGAAAUUGACGAAGAAUAAAUUUGGCGCCGUUGCUAAUUUAAGUGAUUUGUCGGUGCUGAGCGCAGGUGAUCGAUUAGUUGGUGAACAAGUGUCAACGGGCGCGGUUCGGCGAAGCAAAAAUCAGCAGCAGCAAGGACUCAAGGGUUCCUCGCGAUAUAAUAGUUCUUCCAGUCGCAUCAGCAGCAGCAGCAGCAGCGGCCAAAGUUCGGAUUCGGGUGGUAGUGACGAAGAGUCUUCGUCGGAAACUUCAUUCUCCGGCAUCGAGGACGACUGGUCGUCGUCGGACGAAGAAGAUAUGGCCAACGAUAAGCCGGAGAAGAAGAAGAAGUUUGACCCCCAAAAGCGGGUCAAGCUGAACUUUGAUCAGAUGCGCAAAUGUUACGUGAAGGAGGAGAAAUCCCCGAUUGUGUUGGUGGCACGCCCGAGGCCUCUGUGGAAGGUGAAACGCCACGGGCAUGGACACAACCGCAAAGCUGCGGAUCUCACCAGCAGCAGUAGUGAAGCGGAAGACGAAUCCGGUUCCGGUACGGAUCAAACCAGUUCCUCCGGGAAAUCGUCGACCGUCGGGGGUUCCUCGGAUAUCGCGUCCGAUAGCAGCAUCGGAUCAAAUCGUAGUGGUGGCGCGGCGAAGAAAAUUCCAAAGGGCAAGGGGGGUAAACUAGGUAGCAAAACCAGUGAUGUGGGUAGUGAUAUUUACGAUAAUCCAAUGGUGAUCCCGCUCCACACGGAGCCUCCGAAGACCAAACCCCCUAGCAAAGAUGAAAACAACAACGAGCAGCAAGGUGCCGGAUCGGCGGACGACGAAAACAACAAGAACCUCAACAAUCAGCAGGAAGUUCGCAGCACCAGCACCAGCAGCCACGAUUCGGGCUUCUACGGUGGCGGAACGGCCCCGAUCAGCCCCAAGAAAGCCAUGGAAACAUCCUACACGUACGCACAAUUUCAGAAAACGGGUAAGCUGACAGCUCCAGCCACGGUGAUACCCCGGUUCCGAAAAUACAACGUCGAUGAUUUCCAUUUUUUGACUGUGUUAGGCAAAGGUAGUUUUGGAAAGGUAUUUUUAGCUGAGCUAAGGAACACAGAGUACUAUUACGCGGUGAAGUGCCUGAAGAAGGACGUGGUGCUCGAGGACGACGACGUCGAGUGUACGCUGAUCGAGCGGAAGGUGCUGGCGCUGGGCACUAAGCACCCGUUCCUGUGCCACCUGUUCUGCACGUUUCAAACCGAUAGCCAUUUAUUUUUCGUCAUGGAGUACCUGAACGGGGGCGAUCUGAUGUUCCACAUACAGCAGAGCGGUCGCUUCACCGAGCCCCGGGCCUGCUUCUACGCGGCCGAGAUUGUGUCCGGUCUCAAGUUCCUGCACCGGAAAGGCAUCGUGUAUCGUGAUCUGAAGCUGGACAACGUGCUGCUCGAUUACGAUGGCCACGUGCGGAUAGCGGACUUCGGCAUGUGCAAGCUGGAAAUCUAUCUGGACCGCCUGGCGGACAGUUUCUGCGGCACACCGGAUUAUAUGGCACCUGAAAUCAUUAAAGGUCAAAAGUACAACCAAGCGGUGGAUUGGUGGUCGUUCGGUGUGCUGGUCUACGAGAUGCUGGUCGGUCAGUCGCCCUUCAGUGGUUGCGACGAGGACGAGCUGUUCUGGUCGAUCUGCAACGAGAUUCCCUGGUUCCCGCACUACCUUUCCAAGGAAGCGUUGAAGCUGCUGCAGUCGCUGCUGGAAAAGGACGCCACGAUACGGUUAGGGUGCCUCAACGAGGAAAGUGACAUCAAGUAUCACUCGUUUUUCGACAGUAUUGACUGGCAGCGGCUGGAGAGACGACAGGAGGAGCCACCCUUCAAGCCGCAAGUGCGACAUCCACUGGACACACAGUAUUUCGACAAGCAGUUUACGCGGGAGCGGGCGCGCCUAACGCCCAUCGACCGGCAGAUGCUGGCCUCGAUGAACCAGGCCCAGUUCGAGGGCUUCACCUACACCAACCCGAACAAUACGCUAACGAAAUUGCGGGAAAAGAAACGAAAGAAGCAAAAGAAAAUGUAUUUUUGUCCUCAAUGUGGUGAUAUUAAAGUAACGUAUAAUUUAUUUUAAAUAACAUAAAGAAAGAAGGAAACAAUUGGUAAAAAAGCAGUGAGCUGUAUGCUUUAAAAUUUUAAUUUAAUUUUUUAUUGUUUUGUUGGAAUUUUUAGUGGCUUUGUGUCGUUGAAAUUUAAGCAAACAACAAUUGUACAGUUGCUUAGGUAAGAAACCAAUAGAUAUUUGGUCGAUUUUGAAUCGGAUUAGCGAUUGGAUUUUUUUUUUGUAAUAACAACAUUCGCGAGUAAACGAUGCCAAUCGAAGGAAGCGUUGACUUUAUUGACACCACAUUUAAGACAGGCUAGUAGAAUGAAUGCAAUCGUUGUCCCACUGUCAAUCACACUGAGAAAAAAGGAAUGACUGUUUUUGACUGUUCCGCAUUGUGACAUUUUUUUCUGUGGAAUGUUAACGGACAUGUUUUAACUUCCUAUUUUAUUUACAAACAUUCUGAACCACCGCUCACAAGUAACGUACUCAAAAACGAACCACACUAAUCCAAAACUGAACUUGUAUAUUUUUGACACUUUUUCUGCCUCACAACACGGAUCCCACUAUCCAGGAGUACAGAUGAAUUCGAACAUCCAAUACGUUGUCGGUUGUACUAUCGGAGUCGCUAUAACUACUGAAGAGUUCCGAUAAGACCCUUGUAACGAAAGCCCUGUUUCAUCUUCAGCUUGAAAACAGACUCUGCUUACUGCUUAAAGUCUUACUACUACGACUACUAGUACUACUACUUCCACUACUACAACCCUUUAUACCAUAACUCUGCUCUACUACUACCCUGCGCUACCUUAAAACUUAUAGGGCACUACUCUUAGAAACAGAAACAGAAAGUCACUGCAGUUGCAAUUCGGAACAGAAACCCGAUCAAGGGGAAACAAACCAGAACUGGUUCUGGGUGAUUUCUUCCCUCCAUUUAUCUCCAGCUAGUCUAGUGGAUAAGGAAAACAAUUGGACAAUAUUUUUCGUUCCCAACCCACCUUCCCGCAUAUAACUUGUAUGUAACAUACCGUGGACACUUCCCGCGAGAACCACACAAAAAAAAUUUGAGCCAAAAAAAAGCGUCGAGCAACGAUAUUUAGAUUGGCAAACGGAAGAGAAGUGUUUGGUUGUUGGAAUUGGAUUGGACAGGAUCGAUACCCCUAGCUAGAAGCUAGCUCUAUUAUUGAGCGAACACAGAAUUAAAUAUUAUAAUAAUCUAGACAAACAGUCAGAGAGAAAAAGUGAAAGAAGAAACAACUUGUGUACAAUUCAUUGAAUGUAUUAUAUUUUAAACAAAAACAAACAAAAACAGUAAUAUAGAUCUAUGAAAAUCGAACCAAAAAA